CUUGGCCGUUCUGACACACGCGCUCGGACCAUUGGCCACUCAGCAUCGGUGGUCCAGGAGCACACCAACACUACAUACUAUAUACAUCAUUUGAUCCAACGACAACAGCAUGUAUGUAGAGGGAGAAAAAUUUUUAAAGUGACCGACGAAGAAGUUUUACCAACAAGAAAGAAGCAAUUCGUCGAGAAUCAAAAAAGUAGUGAUCAAAAAGGACGUUUUUCUUUUUCAAUUUUGUUUUGGAUUUUUAUAUUUAUUUUUGGAUUUUAUCUUCGAGUGAUUUUCUUUUUGGGUUUCUUGGUUAAUUCGGCUUAAAAUAAAAAUUUCAUUCAAAUAAACAUUUAAAAAAAGGAAAAGUUAUGAAGACUGUGUGAUUUAAAGUGAAAAAUGGUGAAGGAAAAAAGUUAAAAAACUCAUCGGUUACAACAAAAAAUAAAUAGAUGAAUAAACAGACAAAUAGUUGUUAUUAUGUUUUUUAAGUUUUGUUCUUUUAAAACGUGGUUAAGUGAUUAAAACGAAGUAGGGAGUACAACCCGAAGAAAAUCAUCGCCAAAAUGAGAAUUAAAAUGCCCGCUGUCAGAAUAGCUCAAGCGGACGUCGAUGGAGCUGAAUCUGACACACACCCAGACAUCCUCACAUGCGGGGUUUGUCAAAAACCGUUUGCUCUCUCGGACAUCGUCAGAUUCAUUCAACACAAAGUCGCGUCGUGCAACAAAGAAAACUUUGGACAUUGUUACUCAACAUCGGAAAGAGAUCGAGAUAAUGAAGAUGGUGCACUACCAUUAUCGACCAUCAAUACGAGAAGGCCGAGCAUAUCGGCCCCGAUCUCAGGUAAAAAAGCUGGAAGUAGUACAAGAGUCCAUACUCCACCACCAGCAUCCCCACGACUUCCGGCACCCGGAGACCUUAGCGUCGAUGGAGCCGCGUCUUCAACGCCAAAAAGAAGAGCGUCUUCAUCCCCUUUGACUUCAUCAAGUUUAGAAGACGGAGAAGACCUAAAAGCACAUAUUAAACAGGAGAGAAUAGACCCGACAUCUUCACCGGAAGAAGGAAGCCACGCCUCGAAAAAAUCUAGAACCGAGUUUGCAGACGCCGAAUCGAACACGACGAACAGUGAACCCAGCAAUUACGUUUGUUCCACUUGCAAGGCGCGGCUGCACUCCGCAUGGCGGUUGGUGCAGCACGUUCAACACGCCCACGGAAUCAAGAUUUAUGUCGAAACAUCUCCGAGUAGUAGCAGCAGUAGCAAUAAAGGAAAUAACCACAGUUCUAGCAGCACAAGUAGUUCCUCCUCUGGAUGCUCUUCAGGUGCUAGUGGUCCUCCGCCACCCAAUAUCCGACAUCUCCUUCCCCCUCCAGAAUUACAUAACCCUUUUAGUGUUGGAGGCUUACUACGGUUACCUAUACCACCUUUAAAUCAUGGUCCCGUUCCGCCGGCACCGUUAUUUCCAAGAAGUGAACACCAUUUUCGAAUGGAACAACUAGUGAGCGAACAGUUUAGACAUCAUGGUUUAAACUUAGCGGCGGCUGCAGCUGCGGUGGCUGCAGGAAGUGUACCGCCACCGCACUCAAGUUUUCCUUCACCAGCUGAUAGGCCUCCUCAAAUUCCUAGCGUUCCACCACGUGAAAGAACCACACCAAAUCAACCUUUAUCUUUGGAACCGCAACUGGAUUUUUACUCACAGCGGUUGAGGCAAUUAGCUGGUACCACCAGCCCGGGUGCGGCUCAGGCGAGUUCGCCGUCACCUCGGAAGCUCUCACCGCCAUUCGCAAGUCCCUCGCCUUCUCAAAUCGCGCCGGCAACAACGCCAAAUAUCAUCCCAACUACAUGCAAUACAAGCAUAAAUAGCAUAAGCAAUAACAACAACAAUAACAACAACAGCGGCAGCGGAAGCCGACCCCAAAGUUUAUCCCCACCUCCGGCCAUUAAACAAGAAGAACCUCACGCAUUAACAACAACUCCGCGAUCUACAACCACUCCGGAUUCUAAGCCUCUUUCACCAAAAUCAGAAUUUGCUUGUGAUUAUUGCGGAAAGAAAUUUAGAUAUCAAAAUAACUUGGAAGUACACAGAAGGACGCACACCGGAGGUGAUCUUCCUUAUAAAUGUACCGUUUGCGAUCAUGCUUGUUCUCAAAGCUCUAAAUUAAAAAAGCAUAUGAAAAUCCAUAGAACUCCAGAAGAUCGAACAAGCAAUGCUGGAUCGGUAGAAACAUUAGAUGAAGAUAGCGAUGAAGAUGAAGAAUUAGACGAAGAAGAAGAUGAAGAAGAGGAAAUCGAUGCCGAUGAAGAAGAAGCUGAAGAUCUUAGCGUUCCCCAACCACCUAAUAGUACAAUUGAUUCAAAAAACUCUUCGCAAUCUGCUUCGCUAGUGGGGGAAUUAAUGGAUAAAUUCGGUUUGAGUAACAUUGCUCAAUAUAGCGAAGCAUACAAACAAGCUCUGCAAGAAUCUGGUUCCGCUAUCAAAUUACAAAUGAGUAAAGAUCGAGAUAACAACAACACUUUAGCUAAUCAAUUAAAAUUGCGAGACGAAUUCGCAAAAGGAUUAAUCCCAGGUCCUCCACCACAAGGACUCCCUUUAUUUCCCCCAUUUACGGACAGCUACGAAGCAACAAAACGAUUAAAAAUGGAUUUGGAUCGUGGUGAUUGGUGGUUACCGGCAAUGGCAAGAGAUAAUAAAGGUCCAGGUCCUAGUGCUCUACUUUCAAGUCCUCUUCUUAAAAAAGAUAGUCGCCGAAAUGAUACCUGUGAGUUUUGCGGAAAAGUCUUCAAGAACUGUUCGAAUUUAACAGUUCAUCGAAGAUCACACACUGGUGAAAAACCGUAUAAGUGCGAGUUGUGUUCGUACGCGUGCGCGCAAAGUUCCAAGUUGACGAGGCAUAUGAAGACUCACGGUCGAAUCGGUAAAGAUGUGUAUAGGUGUCGGUUUUGUGAAAUGCCGUUUUCGGUUCCAUCUACAUUGGAGAAGCAUAUGAGGAAGUGCGUGGUGAACCAAGGGAAGGGUCACAUGUUGCCAACUAUGCAAAUGUUGUCUGCCGAUGAAGAUUCCUCGGCAAGUAUUGCCUCGAAAGAGGCUACAUGACUCUUCCCAUGGGGUGGAGUUAGGCUGCCGCCUCCACCUCCAAGCCUAACGUACUAGUCCUUAUUUCCGAAGAUGAGAAGAAUGAAAAAUAGAGAAGAAAAUGAAGAGGACCGAAAUUUUCUUAAAAAUGGAUUCUUUUCCGAUUACACCUGUGUUAUUAUUAUUAUUAUUAAUCUUGCGAGAUUUGUUGAAGAACGAUUACAUUCGGGAUGGUUCAUUUUAACUCUUUUUUAAGAAAAAAAAAAGAAAUCAAAUUUGAACUAUCAUCGAAUUUAUUAAUUUAUUUUUCUUCAUCAUAUCUCUUCAUCCAGUUAUCACUAUUAUUGUUCGUAACAGAUACCAAAGCGAUGAUGAUGUUUUUUCGUAUGCGUAGUUAUUAUUAUUAUUAAUUAUUGAGUUUAUUGUAUAUUUGUAAUUAUUAAAUUUGUUGUUUUUUGAGACUGAGCGGUGGUCAACCACCUAAAAAAUCCCAUUGUGUACAUUCCCAUCAUAUCAACGGCCAGUAGUCCCUCUUAAGAUUGAAAAGAAAAAUGAUAAACAUUGUAAAUAUAAAUAAAAAACAAAACCAUUAUUUAAUUUAUUAAUUAUUAUUAUUAUUACCCGUUAUGACCGACUAUUAGGAUUAAGAAAAAAAAAAAAAAAUACAGAGGAAAAACGAUGACGUUGUACAAAUUUUCUGACGACACGUAAUAAGUUAUUAUUUCCAGUACUCUUAAGAUUUAAAAUAAAAAAAAAUAGGUAAUGAUGAGAGAAUGACGAGAAAAAAAAUAAACGAAAAAAAUUAGAUUCCUAAUUCUUAAAUACGAUGUUUUGAUGUAUUAGAAAAAAGAAAUAAUAAUAAAACGAGAACCGACCUGUACGAUAUUCCUAAAAAAAAUUAUCACGAAAUCUUUGGAAAUGCAAUAUUAGUAUUAAACAGUGGACCAGGGUUUGAACAUUGCCUCGGUACGAUUUUUGCGAAGACGCUAACGUCAUUGUCUACGACGACUUGAGUGAAUUUGUAAUUUAAUGUUAAAAAAAAAUUACUAUGUUAUUUCGAAUAUUUUUUAUUUAUUUCAACAAUGGCUGUAGCACUAUGGUGUUCUUAUGGGCUCCACUAAGAUUUUAAUUGUACGUGUUCCUAUCAAGAACUCCUCAAUCAGUGUGUAUUUAAAUUAAAAAUCUAUUACUAAAUAAGAAAAAAAA